AUGUCGCCGCUGCCGCCGAUGGCAGUCACGGCCGAAUCGGACGAUCAUAGAUGUGGCUGCAAACGUUACACCAGCUGCGAUUGUGGCGCAGGGCGCUGCUGUAGUCCGGAUGGCUACUGCGGAUCUGGCGAAGGGUACUGUUGGCGUUGUUACUGCGGGCAAAGACCUUGCAAUGAUUGUCACUGCGACGGAUCUUGCUGUUAUCCUCCUGCUCUUGCCGAAAAGCAGCUCCCAGCAUAUCCUACACAUUACGAAAAUGCCACGCAUGCUACUGCUGUUGUUAAUCGUCGUCAUCAUCACGGUGAUGAGGACGACAUUAAUAUCAUAGUUGCUACCUAUGACGACGACGACGGCAACCAUAACAUAUCUUCAUCGGUUACUAGCCCUAGCCCGAGCAAGGUCAGGUGGCCGGUUCAUCGGUAUGGUUCGGCUGCAGUUUGUGGACCAUCAUCAACAAUGGUUUCAGCCAAUGGUACGAUUGUUCCCGGCCAAUGCCUACAGGUGACAAAUGUGGGAAAUGGCAAGCGGGCAAUGGUGAGAGUUACCGGCCGUCAUAAACAAUACCAUUGCAGCAACACAAGUUUGAUAGUGGAUCACGGUGUUUUUCAACAGCUAGUGGGAAGGAGCAGCGGCCAUGGAGAUCCACAAGCUCGUCACUUUCCAAUCAGUUACAAGUAUGUGCGUUGCAUGAGCAUCUGCAAUUAA